AUGGAUGAGAUGGGGGCAUCUGUACUUGGUUUUCUUCUACGAUAUGAUCCUUCCCUAACUUGUCUAUGCCGGCUGGCACUGGGUGCUGAAUUUGAAAUAAAUCUGGGCAGUAUUUACAUGAGGAAGUCUGUAACCAAUUUGCAGGACCGAAAAAAGAUUUCCUUGUCAGAAAAACAUCUACAAAUGGCAAAAAUUUUAUCCAUCUUUUUUCUUGCUUGCUUUGCAACAUGUCAAGAAACAGAAAAUAAAAGAUCUGUGACAGAACACCAGCUGCUGAACGAUAGAGGAAGAAGCCUUCAAGGUUUAAAGCGACUCAUGUGGCUCCAUAAUGCCAUGGGGGGAGUGCAUACAGCUAGUGGCCGAGACCUCUCCCAAGCACAUGUCCUGCUGACCUCAAAAGAGCAAGAUCUCUCAGAUCUCUAUGACACCAUGGAUAGAGAAGAAAUGUCUGAUAUGAUGGAGCCUUUAUUGGUAGAGCUCCUGGGGAGGGACAUACCUUUUACCAAAAUACCAAAAGUAAAUCUGCUGCACUAUCUUAAGAAUGGAAAAGGCCAUCAGCUCCUGCAAGAUCUUUCUGAUUUAUUUCAAAUGGAAAGCCAAGAUGGCAAAAGAAAUCUUAAUGCUCAGAUGUAGAUUUCUAAUCCCAGCU